AUGAGCUGCAGCAUCAAGAGAACAUCGAGUACCUCCUACAGGAGCGGAGGAGCGGGAGGCAUCUGCGGUGGCGGCGCUGGCCGGAGCUCCUCCGUCUCCUGCAGGCGAUAUGCCUCCUCCGUGAUAGGCGGGGGGAGCUCUGCGGGGGGAGCGUGCAGCAUCGGCUACGGGGGGGGCAUGAGCGCUGGCAGCCUCGCUGGGGGCUUCGCUGGGGGCCUGGGAGGAGGCUUCGGUGCCGGGAUGGGAGGAGGCUUCGGUGGCGGGUUUGCAGGAAGCUUUGGGAUGGGGGGAGACGCCCUGCUGAGCGGCAACGAGAAGGUCACCAUGCAGAACCUCAACGACCGCCUGGCUUCCUACCUGGACAAGGUGCGGAGGCUGGAGGAAGAAAAUGCUCAGCUCGAGCACCACAUCCGCGAGUGGUACAGGAAGCAAGCUCCCACCGCCUCAAAGGACUACAGCUCCUACUACCAGACCAUCGAGCAGCUCCAGAACCAGAUCAUUUCUGCCACUGUGGACAACAACAAGAUGCUCCUGGACAUUGAUAACAGCAAGAUGACUGCUGAUGACUUCCGAAUGAAGUAUGAGAAUGAGCUGGUCAUCCGUCAAACUGUGGAGGCUGAUGUUAACGGCUUGAGAAAUCUUCUGGAUGAACUGACCCACACUCGGUCUUCACUGGAAUCCGAGCUUGAGUCCCUGAAGGAGGAGCUGAUUGCUAUUAAGAGGAACCACGAAGAGGAACUGAGACAGCUGCAGUCUCAGACUGGUGGCGACGUGAGCGUGGAGGUCAAUGCUGCUCCUGGUGAAGACUUGACAAAGAUACUAAACGACCUGAGAUGCGAGUACGAGCAGAUCAUUGAGAAGAACCGCAGAGAGGUUGAGCAGUGGUAUGAAGUCAAGAUCGAAGAAGUCAACCGGCAGGUCACUUCUAGCAGCCAGGACAUCCAGACAAGCAGCCACCAGCUCACGGAACUGAGACGCGAAAUGCAGAACCUGGAGAUCGAACUGCAGGCGCAGCUCAGCACGAAAAACUCGCUGGAGAACUCCUUGGCAGAAACCGAAUCUCGCUACGGCUGCCUGCUGCAACAAAUCCAAGGGCAGAUUAACUCCGUAGAGGAGGAGCUGGCCAGCAUCCGCUGCGAGAUGGAGAGUCAGAACCAGGAGUACAAGAUGCUGCUGGGCAUCAAGACCCGCCUGGAACAGGAGAUCGCUCAGUACCGCGCACUGCUGCAGGAGGGACAGCAAGACCUUGUAAUGCCUCAAGGAGCUCCCCAAGGCGCUCUCCAAGGAGGAAGAACCUCCCACUCCUAUUCUUCCACUUCCUACUCUCACGGACAAUCUGUUGAGAAGUCAGGACAAUCAAGAGUGUGUUAA